AUGGACACGCAUCUGAUCAAGACAGUGAACAAGCUGCAAGAUGCCUUUUCCACCGUUGGCGUCCACAACCCCGUUGAUUUACCACAGAUUGCCGUGAUUGGUUCACAAUCCAGUGGUAAAAGUUCUGUACUCGAGAAUAUUGUCGGCCGAGAUUUCCUUCCUCGAGGCACUGGUAUUGUCACUCGUCGUCCUUUGGUGCUACAACUUAUCAAUCGACCCUCCACCUCCUCGGGUAAAGCGAACGGCACUACGACCAACAACCAUGGCGGCGGUGACUCUGAAGAAAAUCACGAUGAAUGGGGCGAGUUCCUUCACUUGCCAGGCCAAAAGUUUUAUGAUUUCGACAAGAUCAGAGAUGAAAUCGUCAAGGAUACUGAAUUGAAGACUGGAAAGAAUUUGGGUAUUUCACCACAGCCCAUCAAUCUCAGAAUCUUUUCUCCCAACGUCUUGACUUUGACCUUGGUGGAUCUUCCUGGUUUGACAAAGGUCCCUGUUGGUGAUCAACCCAAGGACAUUGAGAAACAAAUCCGCGAGAUGAUCCUCAAGUAUAUCACCAAGCCCAAUGCCAUUAUCCUUGCAGUCACCGCAGCAAACAGUGAUUUGGCCAACUCGGAUGGCUUAAAGUUGGCACGUGAGGUGGAUCCAGAAGGUCUUCGAACCAUUGGCGUGUUGACCAAGAUUGAUUUGAUGGACCAAGGCACUGAUGUUAUUGAUAUCCUGGCGGGUCGUGUCAUUCCUUUGCGUUUGGGUUACGUGCCUGUUGUCAACCGUGGCCAGCGGGAUAUUGAGAGCAAAAAGUCGAUCACCAAGGCAUUGGAUGCUGAACGAGAGUAUUUCGAGAACCAUCCUUCAUACAAGAGCAAAGCCCAGUAUUGCGGUACCCCCUUUUUGGCUCGUAAGCUCAACAUGAUCUUGAUGCAUCAUAUUCGAAACACCCUUCCUGAAAUCAAAGCCAAGAUUCAAUCCGCCUUGGCAAAGUAUCAAGCCGAAUUGGCAACUCUGGGCGAUCCUCUUGGUGAUAGCUCUUCUCAUCAAGCCAACCUGGUGCUCAACAUUAUCACCGAGUUUUGUACCGAAUUCAGAACAAUCAUUGAUGGUAACUCGAACGACCUUUCAAGCUUUGAACUUUCGGGAGGUGCACGUAUCAGCUUUGUGUUCCAUGAGUUAUACGCCAAUGGUGUCAAGUCGAUUGAUCCUUUGGACCAAAUCAAGGAUGCUGAUAUUCGUACCAUUUUAUACAACUCCUCUGGAUCAUCGCCAGCCUUGUUUAUUGCAACAACUGCCUUUGAAGUGAUCAUCAAGAAGCAAAUCAAACGAUUGGAAGACCCAAGUAUUCGCUGCAUUAAUAUGGUCUAUGAUGAGCUUGUGAGAAUCCUUGGACAGCUAUUGAACAAGCAGUUCUUUAAGCGAUUCCCUACCCUCAAAGACAAGUUUUAUCAAGUCGUUCUUGCCUAUUUUAAAAAGCAAAUGUUACCCACCAACAAGCUUGUAACGGAUCUCGUUGCCAUGGAAGCUUGUUAUAUCAAUACCGCACAUCCUGACUUUUUGAACGGUCAUCAAGCUAUUGCCAUGGUGAACGAUCAAUUGGCUCCCAAGAAUCAGCCUUCACAACAUCAACAGCACCCUAAUGACGCACUCAAGUCUUCAAAGCAAAUGCCCGCCUUGCAAACAAGUGCCACCAAUAGCCCUGACCCUGAUGGUGGUUCUUUCUUUGGAAGUUUCUUUUCUGGACCUAAAAAGACGAAAAAGGCUGCAGGCAUGAUGGAAGCUCCACCCACAUCUCUUAAGGCCACUGGAUCCCUCUCCGAACGUGAAUUCAUGGAGACUGAAGUGAUCAAGCUCUUGAUUCAAUCCUAUUACAAUAUCGUCAAGCGAACAAUGAUUGACAUGGUUCCCAAGGCAGUCAUGUUGAAUCUUGUCAGCCGCGCAAAGGAGGGAUUACAAGGAGAGUUGUUGGCAGAGUUAUACAAGGCCGACGUGUUGGAUGAUUUGUUGCAGGAAUCUGAGUUUACGCAGCAACGACGAAAAGAAUGCAAAAAGAUGAUCGAGGCUUUGCAAAAAGCGGAUGAGAUUGUUGGAUCAGUGUAG